CCAAACCCUAGACUAAAUGAAAUCGCUGCUGCAGUACGUAAUUUGCAGGGAGCAAUUCAAGAAGAUACAGGGAUUCCAACAGGUCAGAGCUGCAACGUGUCAAACAUGCUGCCUCAACCAUUGGAAAGAGCACUUUCCAAUAGGAGUCUUUGUGGUGUUCAGGGCUCACCACCUUCACAGCCACUCAAGCCACUUAUUGCAACCUGUGAUAAAGAAAGUUUUGAUCCAGAUUCUAUUCAUCGCCCGACCCCACAAAAAUGUGUCAGCAAAUGCAAAAAUGUAGGGAAGAAAGUUUCUAGAAGGAAGAACCCUUUCAGCGUAUACAUUGAUGUCAAUGAUGAUGCCAACCAUUUUCUGCAGAAUAAAGAGCCUGAAGUUGUAUCAAAUGUCAACAUAAGGUCAACUCUAGGACCAGUAUCCACACAAAAAACAACAAACAGUGCAAAGUCAAAGAAGUCUUUCAACACAAGACAGACAAGAAGUUCCAGAAGAGCAAUGCCAAAAAAUCACCUUGAAGAAAGCAGAGAUGGAACCACUGUCAAUGAAGAGCUACUUCAUAUGAUAGAUACCUUACCAUUCCAACCAUUUUCUAAAGGAGACUCAACUUCUCAGGCGAUGGAUGAAACUUCGAUGGCAGAUGAAACUCAACAGGAUCAUAUACUUCCAGCUAACCAUGGGUCAUCUCAGUUAGCUGAAUCUGAGUGCCUCGUAGAUCGCCAAAUCACAGACUGUAAACGGAGAAGUCAGAUUACUUUUGGACAGCCUACGCGUGUUGCAUGUUCAACAACUAUUGCCGAGGCCGACUCGUCUAUGAAGCCGAGUCCUUGUGACAACUCAUUUUUCAUCGAAAACGGCGUUUCUUUUUCGCCAACUUUGACGUCUGUACCCACAAAUGGUGACUACAAAGGGGAUGAAGGUGAAGUGUCCAGCACCAAAUUUGAGUGUUGUUCACCUUGUAGUUUGGAUACCAAGCAAAGUGUUUCCAUUUUACCAUCGCAGGACUGUCAUGAACAGCAAUGUAAUACAUCCGUAGACGAGAUCCAAGGUACAAAUCAACGAGAAAGUUCUCCUAAAAGGGAAGAAUCCUUAUUUGAUGGUGUUACCGAAAGCGAGGUUGUCAAAACCGAAAAUUCUGCAAGAAGGGCACAAGAGGGACCGUUGUUGACCUGUAAAGGUAGAAAAAACAACGAUAAUCUUUCGCCUCAGUCGUCAAAGAGAGGGUUAUCUUCCGAAAGGUUACCAAGUUGUUCCAAGAAUCGCGUUCAAGAAAGUUUGGACUUCGAAGGCUUAGUUUCUUUGUUUGAUGAUCCUCUUACAAGUGAAGAUGGGGAGAAACUGCCAAAAGCAGAUGACAACUCAAAAAAGCAUCCAGAUGCCCGUCAACACGAAGAGGAGACGUUUCCACUCACUGAGAAAAGUUCUGCUCAUUGUGAAGAAUCGCAGAAUCAAGCAACUGAAUCUGAUUUGUGCGAACGAGUUAAGAUGAGGCGGAGGCGUCGAACAUCGGAGUUUUCGUUGCCAUCAAGCAAACGUUCUGAGGCUUCAAAGAAAUCUCUGCAAUUGAAAACUAAGACGAAAAAGAGAUACGUAGAAUCUGCAGCUACUCUAACCAGCGACGGUGACAGAUUUUCUGGAAACACUCGUAAGAAGUUGAAACAAGUUGAGGAUCCUUUGGUUAAUAAGAAGUCUCCUAUCGAAGAAGGAGAAGCGAAAGAAUUACGGGAGGAUAGAGAAAAAAAGGAAGAAAUGCAUACUAAUAGAAUGAUUUUGCAGUCUGUGAAACACGAUGAACAAGCACAAGAUGGUUCUAAAUGCGGAAGUGAUAGUGGCAAGACCGUACUUUCAAGCGAGAUAAUUCAAGCCAGUGUUUCUUCCUCAGAUAUAUCUCCUACGACAGUUAUUAAUCCGAUGAUUGCUCAUGUUGAUCAAGGUGAAGAGAACUCUCGGAGAGGAAUGGAAACACAAGGAUCAAUCUCGCAAAGAAAUAUGGAAAACAACCAGAGAGAAGUCACCGCACUCAACAGCGUGAUAGUGAGUACUCUGACUGAGAAUGCAGAGAGCACGGAGAGUCCUGAAAUAAAACUGAUUUCGGAUAGAAAUAAAGAAAAUCUAACAAAUCUCGAAACGCAAGACCAGGAAAACGAUUACCAGCAUAGAGAAACAAGAAACGAAAAGAGAAAAUUUCAUGAGGAAGAUGCAAACUGGAGUGGGUCUAAACCAGAAGUAUUGGAGAUUCGUCACCAUCAGUACCAGACCUUUUACCCAAAUGAGAUGACACCGACGGCAAGUGGUAACCAAGGUUUACCACUCCAAAAAGGGGCGGAAGAACACGAGCCUGAUCUGGUUAAAACUAGUGAUUCCCCUAACUCUUUACUAGAGGCAGAAUGUGAACAUGAAGACCAUUUGAGGUGUUCUUUCACCUGGAAUUCUCACGGAGACACUGUGACAGAAAUGAAAGAGAUAGUGGAAGGUUGUAAUGGUCAAUUGUUGAACGAGACCGAACAUUUAACACCCCAGAAAUCAAGUCAGAAAGGGCAAAUCGCAGAUGACACUCCAACAGAAAGUUCCUUGGAAUUUUUGGAUGCGAUGACACCAUGUUUGUUUGUAAACGAUGGCCUAAAAAUGGGAGACCAAAGCAGCCCUUCUAAUGCAGCAGAUUUUAGAACUUCUACCUUUAGUAUGGGCAAAACUGAAGAAGAGAACAGCUUGGAUGUGCAAAACGAUGGCUGCCAUGGAGAAAAUUCUCGAGAUGGUAUCAAAGUCGAACAUGGGAAUGAUGAUCGAGAGAAAGACGUUGACUUGGCUCGUUGCUCUGAAGGUGUUGGAGAGAUAUUGUCCAAUACAGACGGAACUCAGAGUUUUGAGACCAGUCAAAGUAUAUCUGUUCUCCAUGGUUUGGAAUUUCCACCACAUGAUCAAUCCCAAGAUAGCACUAACUGCAGUGAAACCAUACCAGACCUUGGCAGAUCUUCAAAGCAUUUCCAAAAGCAGUCUGAAGAGGAUGCUUCUUGGGCGGAACCGUUUCCAAAGAAAACCAGAAAAAUUGAGGUGAUUUCGACAUCGCAGGAUGAUACAUGCCCAGAUCUUUCACGUAAGCUAGGGAGUGGUACGAGAAUUAAGAAGAAUCGUGACUCGGAGUGCGUGGAAAGUGAAGUUAUACCACCUACUCCACCGGUUAAACCCGUCCCAAAACAUGCUCUUGGCAACCAAAAUCAGUCUCCUUCGAAGCUGUCACAUCCCAAUGCAAAUCUGCAGAAGAAUGACGCUGUGAGGUCUCGACUGGAACAUCCAGUUGUGAAACGAAGUAGGCGUAGUAAGAGCCCUCGUGUUUCACAAUCUGCAACCUCCAGUUCUACACGUUCUUCUGCUAACAGUGAGCAGAGUGAAAGCUGUACGUCUUUACUGAAGAACCUUGAGACCAUCGUGCCUGACCUUAGUAAGGAGUUUGAGUCUUCACAAGGCAGGAAGCCAGGAACUGCAGUCACUGAAUGGAACGCCACACCAAGUCAAUCACCCGAGGAAUUCGAAAUGAAUAAGAAUUUGAGUGAUAAAACAUCAAGUGAUCGUUGCUUUUCCCAGGACAAAACUUUCAGCCAGAGUUCUCACAAUAAAAUUCGAUCCGAUGUUUUAAAUUCUAAAGAAAGAACUUGCAAGAACUUGGGUGAUAUGCCUUGCCCUGAUGCAGCAAAAUCAAAUUCGUCGCCACAAACAUCCACUUUAGAUAAAAAACAUGUCCACGGUGACGUGGAGGAUUCUUUUUCCUGGACAGGUACUAAAGACAAAAGAAAUUCUCAAAUUUCUCCUUUCCCUUCGUAUGAUGAUAUUGCGGAUAAGAAUAUUGAAGAUGUUGGUGAUGUUUUCAAAAACAAAUUAGGAGAGGCAAAUGUGCGCGUCAGUGGUGAACAAGACUGUUUUCAUGGCGAUUACGAUGAAAGGGAUAUCUCUCAUAGAGUUGAUAGAAGGCGCAAAAGUCCUUAUAGCAUUAUGGAUGAAGGGAAUGCCCUUGUUAGUGAUAAUGAAGGAGAUUCUUCAAGUGAUGAAGUCUUGCUGAAGCCCGUGUUUCUCCCCAAGCCAUCUGAAUCUGACCCAAAUGACAAAUCCGGCGAAGAAGACGAAGAUGAUGAAGAGGAAUUGCAAUCAUUUUCACAGGAACUGAUUCCAUCUGAUGAGGACAGAGAGGACGAGGACGACGACGGAAUAUAUUCGUGCAAAGCUUUGGAUAGUACUGGUGCUUCGUCGGCUACAGUUUUAUCAGAAGCUGCCGCCUCUACUCAGAAAAUGGAGGUACUUCGCCAGGAUGUUGAAGCGAUGGAACGAGAGAUGGAUGAGCUUAGAGCUUAUCUCGCUAAAACAGACGAGCAACAAAAAGAAGAAAAUAUGGCGAUGGAUGAUGACAUGGAUUGUAUGGAAGAAGAUCCUCGUGAUUGUGCCACCAUAGCGUCUUCACUCACUCCACCCCCACCGCUGACGCCAAAGAGCAUCCCUCCCAUGCGACAACUGUCCUCUCCUCUGAAAAAAGCUUCGCGCUAUCUAAAUCAGGAGGGGCAGUCGUCAGAUGAAGAUGGAGAUGAAGACAUUGAUGGUGAGGACAUAACUACGAGCAAUAGAAGGGAAAACUGCACACUGAUAAGUACGCCUUGUAACGGAAAAGACAGUCUUAAAAAGAAAGAAGAUGCUGUCAAAUCGUGCUCGCGGAAGCGUCCUCUGUCACCGAGUUACGAAGAUGAUGGAUUAAGCAUCACGGAGGUUGAAAACCGAUAUGACAAGACGCCUUCGCCACCGCGCAGUUCUCGCACAAGUCAAAAAUCUCAGGAAAGAGAUGAGGAUUUAAUUGUUAUUGAUGAUAGGGACACUGUGAAUUCCAAGAAGGGUUCACUUUUGCUUGUUAAGAGAAGAAAAGUUGUGGAUGAACUUGUUCCAAGAAAAUCGCCAGUUGUUAGCUUGCUGUUUACGAGAACAGUGAAAGAUGUCAAUACGGCCAGUCAAUCUCCAAUAUCACAUGGGUUGGCAAAAGGACUAUCGCCUAGUAAUAAGAGAUCUCCUUUCAUUUAUUCACGCAAGCGCGCUGCUGAAGCCCCCACAAUCUGUGUACGGAGCUCUAAGGUGCUAGUGUCGCCUGAAACCGCGUCUCGCGACGAUAGGCCGCGUGACCGAGCAAGGGGUGGGACAUGUGAUGCUCGAUCUCAAGAGACUGCAUCAGGAGAUUCUGUGUCAGCUGGAGGCCUGUUGACUGAGGGUGUGACCCGUGCUCAAGGUCAGGUAUCCGAUAAGACAUUCAUAGAACUGAGCACUGCCUCUAACACACCAGAGAGUCCGAGAAACCGGAAGAAGGACAACUCAGGAAGUGAGAUGACUAAACCUCCAUCUUUUGUGGCUACUCGUCUAAAUAGGAAACAGCUGGCGGAUGCUCGUGUUCUUGCCGAAACGUAUGGCGGGAAGCUGGCUAGCGAGUUCAACAGCAAGACUACUCACGUGAUCAUGGCAACAGAUGAAAACAUGCAGGUGACACGUCACAGUUAUACCAUGAAGUACCUACUGGGAUUAGCUCUUGGCAAAUGGAUCGUCAGUCAUCACUGGAUCACUGCUUGUGUUGCAGCCAAAACUCUGGUAGCGGAGGCGGAUUAUGAAGUGAAGGGUGACGCGGAUCUUGGACAAUCUUCUAUUCCUUGCUUGGCAAGAACAGCUAGAAGUAACAAGGAAGCACUAUUGUUUGAAGACUUUCACGUUCUCUGCUUUGGCAAGUUUGGUGCAGCGGUCGCGAAAGACCAACUCAGCCAGUUAUUAAAAUUUUGUGGAGCACGUGUCUUUUCCGAUGUUGAAAAUUUAAAAAGAAUCGGGAAGGAUGCCCGAAAAGUAGUUGUUUUUGAUAAAGAAACGAAAAUCAACGUUGAUCACUUGAAAGCUGUCUGCUGUCACUUGAACACUAUCCCUGUGUCCUUGGAGUGGGUAACAGACAGCAUAGCAAAUUAC